GUGGCGGAAGGAUACGGGAGAAAGGCUGGCGGGUUGAGAGGGAAAACAUUUGGCGCUGGCACAGCGCAUGCGUGUUGUUGAUCGCGCGGUGGCGCCGAGUGCCAGUAACGGACGGCGGCGCUGCUGGGAUCAGUGUAGUCCAGCGGCGGCUUCAGGCGCUCUCCUUAUUGAUGGACUGAGUGAUCCGCUUUGGACUCAUUUUCUUCAGUUGCUCAGGUAAGUUUGUUGUAAAGAUGCCUCUACAUGGUGAAAUUGUUGUAAUAAAAAGAAAUGGAUCAGAUGGAACUCACUUUCCAUUGACCGCAAAAUCCUGCUUGUUUGGAAGGAAAACUGAGUGCGAUAUCCGCAUUCAGCUGCCACAUGUCUCCAAAGAACACUGUAAAGUUGACGUCAAGAACAAUGGGGAGGUGUUUGUUACCAACCUAAGCACAGUGAACCCAACUCAAAUCAAUGGAACCAUUGUUAAACAGCCAGUACAGCUCAAACAUGGAGAUGUCAUCACCAUUAUCGAUCGCUCAUUCAGAUUUGAGAAAUCCUCUGUACAACAGGGAAAGCGACGAUCAACAGGACUUGAUUCUGAAACCUUUAAGGCGUUUGCUACGAACAAGUCUUCAGACACAAAUGAAACACUGCGGAUUGACUCUCUGCUAACCAGUAAAACACAACGCAAAUCUGAAGGCAAUAUCACCAGAACUACUCACUCACGGCGGUCAUUGCAAAUUUCCUCUUCAUCUGAGCCCAAAAGAGAGAUGUCUCCCUUUGGCGAAUUGUAUGAGAUGCUUAAGAGUGAAGUAAAACAAAAUGGUAAAACACCUGUGAAGGAUAAAAGCCGCUCCCCCAAAAAUGUAGCUCUAAAGAGAAGUCUUCAGAUCCAAGAAAAUGCCCAGACUCCUGUUGCGCAAAAACGUACACCUAGAAGAAGUCAAUCAAGCGACAGCCCAAAAACCUCUCCAAAGGAGGUUGUUGUGAAGCAAAGAUCAGCAUCUGCUGGAAGAGUCAGGGAAGCCUCCAGGAGUCCUAAAACCUCCAUUAAAGCAGUGAAUGAAUCUUUCCAAGGAGAGUCUGAACAGACCAAACGGAGAAGCUCUGCUAAGCAGGCUUCUCAAUCGGUGCCUCAAGAGCAAGUCGCUCCUGUUGUCAAUGGUAGUAUACAGAAGCGAUCUCCUAGAAGAUCUGCAGGUGCUGAACAAAGUCAAGUACUAACUCUGGUACAAUCUACCCCUAAAAAUGCCAAAACUCCUGACUCAACACCUCGGCGCCGAAGCAAUCAGUCCGUCCCUGAACAGCCAGUAUUAAAGGAGACUUCUCCUCGAAGUAAAUCUCCUACUCAAGGAAGACGAAGUGCAUCUCUAGAUAAUGUGCAGAAGGGAACUCCAAAUAAACCUCCUGUGACAGGGGGCAAAACAAGUGAAGCAGAACCAAGGCAAUCCCAGAGAAAAAGGCGAAGUGAUGAACUUUCCCUCCCAGACCCACCGCCCAAAAGGAAGAGGGUAUCAUUUGGAGGACAUCUUAGUCCAGAGCUCUUUGAUAAAAGACUACCUCCUAAUUCUCCCCUCAAAAAAGGUGCAACACCUGCACGACGGAGUCUGUCUCUCAACUCCCCUCGUACCCUUAUACGCAAAAGCUUUGGCUCCAAGCAGUCUGUGAUAAGGGAGGUAUUUGAACGAUCUGCAAGCGCCUCUAUUACACCCUCAACACCAACUAGUCCUUCAAAAUAUUCUUCUGUGAAAAGUUCUCCCGCUGUGACAGAAAGUGGGAAGUCACAAGUGUCCAAGUCACCAAACAAACAAUCUGCCUUAAUUAAGACACCUGCUAAAAGUCCGUCACCAAGGAGACCAGUGUCUGCAACAUCACCAGAUGUGGCCCAGUCUGCUGCUCCAUUAACACCUGUGAAAAAUUCUCCAGCAAAGUCUGCCGUGAAAACUUCAUCCACACCCUCUAAGAGAAUGUCUGGUCAGAAAUCUCCGGCCGUAAAUUCGCCUGUCAAAUCUCCAUCCAAAAAUCCUAAGAAAACUCCAUCUAAAUCUCUAAAGGGUUUAGUCAUUAAAUCUAAAACACCAGUAAAGGCACCUUCCCCAGGAGCCAAGAUGUCCCCAGUGGCCAAGACUCCUUCCCCAGCCAAGAAGACACCAGUGGCCAAGACUCCUUCCCCAGCCAAGAAGACACCAGUGGCCAAAACUCCUACCCCGACAAAGAGGUCUCCAGUGGCCAAGACUCCUUCCCCAGCCAAGAGAGCAAAGACUCUUUCCCCAGCUAAGAAAACACCAGUGGCCAAGACAUCUACCCCAGCCAAGAGGUCAAAAACUCCUUCCCCAGCCAAGACGACACCUGUGGCCAAGAAAUCUACCCCAGCCAAGAGGUCCAGGACUCCUUCCCCAGCCAAGAAGACACCAGUAGCCAAGACAUCUACCCCAGCCAAGAGGUCCAAGACUCCUUCCCCAGCCAAGAAGACACCAGUGGCCAAGACAUCUACCCCAGCCAAGAGGUCCAAGACUCCUUCCCCAGCCAAGAAGACACCAGUGGCCAAGACAUCUACCCCAGCCAAGAGGUCCAAGACUCCUUCCCCGGCCAAGAAGACACCAGUGGCCAAGACAUCUACCCCAGCCAAGAGGUCCAAGACUCCUUCCCCGGCCAAGAAAACACCAGUGGCCAAGACAUCUACCCCAGCCAAGAGGUCAAAAACUCCUUCCCCGGCCAAGAUGCCUACACCAGCCAAGAGGUCCAAGACUCCUUCCCCAGCCAAGAAGAUACCAGUGGCCAAAACUCCUUCCCCGACAAAGAGGUCUCCAGGGGCCAAGACUCCUACCCCAGCCAAGAGGUCUCCAGGGGCCAAGACUCCUACCCCAGCCAAGAGGUCUCCAGGGGCCAAGACUCCUACCCCAGCCAAGAGGUCUCCAGGGGCCAAGACUCCUACCCCAGCCAAGAGGUCUCCAGGGGCCAAGACUCCUACCCCAGCCAAGAGGUCUCCAGGGGCCAAGACGCCUACCCCAGCCAAGAGGUCCCCAGGGGCCAAGACGCCUACCCCAGCCAAGAGGUCUCCAGGGGCCAAGACGCCUACCCCAGCCAAGAGGUCUCCAGGGGCCAAGACGCCUACCCCAGCCAAGAGGUCUCCAGGGGCCAAGACGCCUACCCCAGCCAAGAGGUCUCCAGGGGCCAAGACGCCUACCCCAGCCAAGAGGUCUCCAGGGGCCAAGACGCCUACCCCAGCCAAGAGGUCUCCAGGGGCCAAGACGCCUACCCCAGCCAAGAGGUCUCCAGGGGCCAAGACGCCUACCCCAGCCAAGAGGUCUCCAGGGGCCAAGACACCUACCCCAGCCACUCCUGCGACUCCAUAUAUGAAGGGUCGAUUUUCUGUUUCACGAAUAGGUACACCACCACAGGUAACCGUUCAAAGUGAGCUUCUGCCUUCACGGACACCAAACAAAUCUCGUAAAUCUCUCUCAAUGAAGAAAACUCCACGAAGAAGCAGAAAACUUGAAGCUUUAGAACUUAUUCGUUCUAGGAGGAGAAGUGGUGCCACAGAAGCCAACUUGCUUGUGUCUAAAACAUGGGCUGAUGUUGUGAAAAUUGGAGUUGCCAAAUCCCAAAAGAAAAUUGAGGAGAUAUCUGUACGGAAGACGGUGGCGACAAAAAAGAAACUAAAGCAUAAGACUCCAAUGAAGAAAAUCAAGGAUCUGGCAAGCACAGGUCACGCAGACUCCCCUGCUACAAUCCUUGUAGGAAGGGCUCAUACUAGAAUGGUGAACUUAACUGGAUAUGUUCCUAAAGUUGUGAGAAACCAGGCUGUAAAACUUGACACUGCCCUCAAUGAAAACUUUACUGGUGUGGCAGAAUUAUUCAGCACUCCAGUAAAUAAGCAAAGGAAAAGUAAUCGUGUUGAAAGCUCUAAGAAUGACACGCCAAGCUCCACAGUGGUGGAGGUGUCAGUCAUGCAGACUCCAGAGGGAUCAGGUGAAAUGGUGGUUUCGCCAUUGAAUAGUAAGACAACUACACGGCGUAAGCAAUAUGGCCAGGAUGCUGUGUCUAGGCUUUUGCACAGUCCUGUCUCCCCGGAAUUGCUUAAAGAUGACAGUGCCACAUUUGAGUUGGCAAAGGAAAAGUCAAAAUCGCAGAAGAAUGAAAGGAAAUCUGUUGGUCUCUCUGCUGUCAAACGAAUAAUGAGAACCCCAAAACAGAAAGGAGGACAGGUUACUGAUCCUCAUGCAUUAAGAAAACUGCUGAGAACCCCAAAAGAAACGGCAUCCCCUCAAGCUUCUUCUCGGAGAUCCACCAACCUUGAGGUGCUUGGCAUGGACAUUGUAAAUACACCCAAGCAGAAGGGGGUGCCUGAGAAUUUCAGUGGGCUUCAAAGAAUUAUGAAGACCCCCAAACAAAAAGCUGAGCCUGUGGAAGUUCUUACUGCUGUCAAGCGCAUCAUGAGAACGCCUAAGGAAAAAGUACAGCCAGUGGAAGAUAUGAUUGGAAUAAAGAGAGUGAUGAGGACACCCAAGGAGAAAUCACAACCAGUAGAAGAUAUGGUUGGUAUAAAACGCGUAAUGAGGUCUCCAAAAGAACGAGGUCAACCUGUGGAGGACAUGGUUGGAAUAAAGCGCAUAAUGAGCACCCCUAAAGAGCGAGGUCAGCCAGUCGAGGAUUAUGCACUAAAUCAUUUAAUGAAAACGCCAGAGGAAAACAUCCAUUCAGCUGAAAGUACCCGUCCUAUAGAAGAGAUAUUUGGAAUGAGAAACUUGAUUAAAACACCACCAAAGCCUCCUGUUGGCAAAGAGGUUGCGUCAACAGAUCCUAGCAAAUGGUCUGCAAAUUCAUCAGGAAAUGCGGUUCGAAGAGGAAGACCUUCAAAACGUUUGAAUCUUCAGGUCUACUCUUCAUCAGGUGAUACUGCUGAAACGGUGCAGUCACCAAUUGUGCAAGAGGUUGUAACACAGAGCAGUCAAGAAGUUGUUAAAUCUGUGCCAAAGAGAGGCCGACUUUCCAAGAGUCAAAGCAUUUCUUCAUCAGAGUUGCCUAAUGAACAUGUAUCAGAUGUAGUGACUUCCCCAAGACAUAGAGGAAGACCAAGCCCCGCUUCUAAAAGAUCUCUUUCUGCUUCUGAUGCUGAAGUGACUUCUCCAACUCAACGUGGAAGACCGAUAGCUGUGACUGAAAGUCCAAAGGAAUCUGUACCCGUUGCUGAUGGCAAAAUUACAUCCCCAACACGUAAAGGAAGACCGAGCACCCCAGUAGCAGCUCCUAAGGAGUCUGCCUCUGAUGCCAUAGUUGAGGUGACCCCAAGACGUAAAGGAAGACAAAGCUCCAUUGCUAAAGAAUCAGUUUCUACUUCUGAUGCUGAGGUGACUUCUCAAGCUAAACCUGAAACACCUAAAAUAACCACAGAAGCUUCCGAGGAAUCUGCUUCUGAUGCUGUCAGUGAAGUGACUUCACCAAGACGAAGGGGACGACAAAGCUCUAAUUACAAAGCUUCUCAACCUAUUUCAUCUUCCCAUGUUGACGUGAGUUCCCCCAGCCGUAGAGGAAGACCAAGCUCUACUGCUAAAGAAUCUGUUUCUGAUUCGGAAGUGACAUCCUCAACUCAAUCUAAAACCCCAAAAGCCUUGGCAGAAGCUCCCAAGGAUUCUGCUUCUAAUUCUGUCAGUGAAGCGAUUUCCCAAAGACGUAGAGGAAGGACAGGUCCUACUUCUAGAGCUACUGAAGAACCUCUUUCUGCUUCUGAUGCUGAAGUGACCUCCCCAAGACGUAAAGGAAGACAAAGUUCUGCUGCUAGAGAGUCUCUUUCGGUUUCUGAUACAGAGGUGACUUCCUCAACACAACAUGAAAAACCUCAUAUCAUGGCAGAAACUCCCAAGGAAUUCACUUUCAAUGCAGUCAUGGAAGGGACUUCCCCAAGACGUAGUGGAAGACCGAGCUCUACUGCUAAAGCUCCUAAAGAGUCUCUUGUUGCCUCUGAUGCUGAAGUGACUUCGCCAAGUCGUAGAGGAAGAUCAAGCUCCAGUGCUGAAGCUCUGAAGUCUCCCAUAGUAGCUGAUGGACAAAAGACACCAACAAGCCAUAAAAAAAUAUCUACAAGCAAGGUGGCUAGUCCUGGAGAAUCUCUUACUGUCACUGACAGCAGCAACAGUGAAGUGGUUUCCCCAAGAAGUAGGGGAAGACCAAGCUCUACUGGCAAAGAUGAAAAUCCCAAGGAAACUGUACCCAUUGCUGAUGGCAAGGUGACGUCCCCAACGCGUAGAGGAAGGCCAAGCACCUCUGCAGUAAUCAAUGAAUCUGUUCCUUCAACCUCCCCAACAACUGUAGAGGUACUUGUGGAGUCUCUUCUAGUUUCUAAAACUGCUUCCCCAGCUCGCCGUGGACGGCCCAAAAAAGACAGGGCAGUUGUACCGGAGGAGUCUGUACCCACUGCAAAGAGCAAGUUGACUUCCCCAACACGUAACAAACCCAACAGCCCAUCAGAAGACCCCUCAGAGCCUGUUUCUGAUUCUCAUAGUAGAAUCACAAAGGAUCCUAUUCCUGUUGUUGAAGGAAAGGCAUCAUCAAAGACACGUAGGGCAAGACAGAAGACUAAGGUGGAUUUGCCCGAGGAACCUUCAGCUCCUGAGGUUCAGAUAACUCGUGGAAGUAGAUCUAAAGGAACUGUGGAAAAGGCAGAACUAUCUGUUUCAGUGGUACGUGAGUUGCCUACUACCCAGACUCGCAGAGGAAGACCAAAAGCAUCAGCACAAGUUGCUAAGGUUUCUCCUACGGUCCCUGAAGUGGAUGUAAGUUCUCCAACUCGUGGAAGCAGGUCUAAAGGAAUUGCAGAGGCACCAAAGGAUACUGUUCCAGUUUUCAAUGAUGUGGCCGUUUCGCAGAAGCGCAGAGGAAGGCCAAAAGUUGCAGAGGUCACUGCGGAGUCGAUUGUUAGCGAGGUCGCUGCACCAACACGCAGCAAUAGGUCUAAGGAUAUGGCCAAUGAGUCAGAGGUGUCUGUUCCAGCUGUGGAGGAAGUAAUGGCACAGAAGCGCAGAGGAAGAGUUAGAAAGGCAGAUGUGUCCAAGGAGUCUGGUGCCGUUUCCGAAGUGACCUCAUCUGGGGAGGAACUGGAUCAGAAAAGCACAGAAGAUGGGGUUUCUGAAGUUGCCUCACCCACACGCAAGGGAAGAUCAAGGAACACAGAAGUUUCCAAGGAGACGGCGCAAUUUUCUGAUGGUGUAACAUCAUCAAAAAGGAAACCUGAAACUACUGAAGGAGAGUUAGACUUACCUGAAGUACCGUCUGAAGGUGCAAAUGAAAAAGCAGCCAAAUCAAAUAAGAAAACCGUCCGCCAGAGUGCUAAAAAGCCAUCAAAACAAGCACCAGAACCUGAGGACACAAUACAAGUGGCAGAAAAGAAAACCCAACUACCUCAAAGAGGAAGAAGGAAAGCGGCACAGAAUGAACCAGUACCUGAAGUUUCAGGAGAUCCUAAUUCAAGUUUGGGGGAUAAACAACCAGAAGGAUUGACGGGUAACACAUCUCCUGUGGCCAGAAGAGGUGGAAGACGAAGGAACGCUGAAGAACUUUCUAGGAUUGAGUCGGUUACCAAACCAAAGACAUCCAAACAGGAAACAAGAAGCAGGAGCCAGUCAAAGUCCAAGGGUUUAACAGAGGAAAAUGAGAUGGAAAACUCAGAUGCCUCAGCACCUGAAGAGCCUGUUAAAAGCCCAGAGCCUAAAUCUCCGAAAAAAUCACCAGCUAGGCAAACAAAAGAGUUGGCAAUUGAACUACCUGUUGAAAGCCAACCUAAGAGUAUGCGUGAACGACCAAGCAAAAAGGUUAACGUAACUGAGGCAAGUAAUGUGGCUAGUUCUGAAACUCUGGAACCUAAAACUGAGGCUCCCCAGAAACGGGUACCUGCAAGGGGAAGGUCUAGAACUGCAAGAGACGUUAAUGUAUCAGCUUCUGAUGCUGGUGAACCGACAAGAGGAUCUUCAAGAGCCUCAAGGAGAAAUCUGACUUUGUCUGAAGACUCCAGUGCAAGUCUUGAGGAGCAGAAUAAACCUGUUUCAGUGGAUAAAGAAUCUUCCACAAGGGGGACACGGGGAAAGAAAGCAUCUUACAGUAGUGAAACCAAUUCAUCGCCUGAAGUUAAGGGUAGAAGGAUUGCAAAGGGUAGAAUUUUAAAAAAUGUAGAAGAACAGACUAUUACCAAAUCAAAGACAAAAUCUGUACAAUGGCACCCUCUACUGGAUACUGACAUUCAAAGCACAACAAACGCAGUAUCAGAUCAGGAUUCAAAUGAGGUAUCUCCCCGAGCUAGUCGGCUGAAGGGGAAGACUAGAGCUGAUGCAUCAGAGCCACAAGUUACUGCAAAGAGAUCUAGACGAGGAAACCAAGCAGAAGCAGAGGAGCCUCCAGCAUCAACCAGCUCUCAACUACUUACUGUAUCAGAGGAUGUGCCUUCUAAGAGGGGGAGAAAGGCAAAUGUACAAAGGAAAGGUGAAGCUAUAGAUACAAAAGCGACAGCUGAGUCCACUGUUUCCACAGAAGUUGUUCAAGCAAUUCCACAACGGGGGCGACGGGGAGCGCCUUCUAAAGUAGAAAUUGAAAAUAAUGAAGUUCACAAUGCCGAACCGUCCACUUCAAGAAGGCAAAGGGGAGUAUCUGCUAGAGGUACACCCUCAGAACAAAACAAAAGUACACAGUCCCACGUAAAAAGCCAGAAGGGAGGCGCUGGUCAAGAGAAAGCUGAGGAUGUUUCAUCAAAGUCUACAAGGGGAGUGAAAAGGAAACUGCCAAACGCUGAAGUAAACAGUGCACCUGUUAGUGAACCUGAUGCUCCUUCCGAUACAAGUGAAUCCGUCCUAGUGGAAACAGAAAAUAUUCCCGCUGGUCGUGGUAGAAAAAAUCAAAGAAAUACCAAAACACAGAAAGGUGAUGUACAACAGACAGUACCAGAAAAGCAAACUGUGACCGCUGAUUCACCAGCAAAGAGAAGGAAAACAGAGGCAGCUACUACUGCAGCUCAGAAAAAGAGCUCAAGACAAACUUCUAAACUUGAGAAAGAGAAGCAGUCUGCAGCAACGAAAACCAGAACGAGCACGAGGAGCAGGAAGUAGCAAAGGAACACACCGUCCACUUACUUACAGAGUAGAUUUAUAAAGUGUUUAAAUCACUAAGAAAACAAAGUUCUUAAGUGGUUUUGUCAGAAUUCUAGAUGUUUUAAAAAAUCUAUAGCACUGCUUCCUAAUUGUUUUUCAAUGGAAUUGUAAAUUUUUUAUAUUCUAAUUUUUUUUUAAUCUUUUUGUUAAACUUUAAGCUUUACAUUUUAUGCAGAUGUCUGACUGGAAGAAAGGGAAUGAAUGCUUCAUGGCUGUUUUUUUAAAUUCAAUUUAUUUUUUUUGCAGUAUUCAUGUUAGAUUGGUGUACAUGUGUUUAAAAAAAAAAAACUGAUUUAGCCAGUCCAUUUUUUACAUAUAUAUAUAUUUUGCUUUUGCUUUGGUUUAUAAUAAAAUAUUGGAAUGAUUUUUUAUCAAUUUGUUACAUAUGCUGAAUGUGAUGCAAAGAUUGUAAUCGAAUCAUUCCAGUUUGUGGCUUUCUGUAAUUAUGCCAAGCGCACUAUGUCUUAAGUGUGUCAUUUUUAACCACAUGUAUUUAAAAAGUUUUUCUUUGUAUUUUUGAUAUUUGUGGGGAGGGGGGUUAAUAUAUGUAAUAUAUAUAUAUAGACAUGUUUUUGUUCUCUCAACAAAGGUAGUUAAGACAUCAGCUACUGUCUGCCAGCUAAGGGCAAGCAUACAAAGUCAUAAGAGUUGCUGGGGUUAAAAAAUGAAGCACCACUCUUGACUGUCUGGUGUGGUAGCGCCUUAGUCAUUCAGGUGACUGCAAUGUCAGAUACAGCCUCUACACAAUAGGGGUGCUGUUUCUGGCAUAAAUGUGUGGGAAUGCCUUUCAGUUAAAUACAAAAUGUAAGAGAAAAUACACAUAUGUACUUUAGUGUGCACAAUGACAUUAGCCACAAAGAUAUUUCAUCUACAACAAUGAGGACAGCCCUGAGAAUGUUAAAGGGCAAAGUGAGCCCUAUAUUGAAGAGAAUGUAGCUUAGGCUCUUUUGCGUCCUGUAAUGCCUUUGGUGCCAUGCAGUGGCAUUCACUAUAUGAAUGAACAAACAGUGCUUUUAAAAAAUAAAAACUGGUGUAUUUUAAAUUCCAAAGUAUUGAAUUGAGGUUUGAUUUGUGUUUAAUGUAUUAAAAAAAAAAUUUAAAAUUAAAAAGCUGACUUGCAAAGGUUUAGUUCCCUUUUGUUCUGUCUUAUGCAUCUUUAA